AAAGCUCCAACCAACCCAUCCUUUGAAGACAGGAGGGUGUGUGUGUGUGUGUGUGUGUGUGUGUGUGUGGAAAAAUAGCGUUGAUCGGAGAGACGGGGAUAUAUUUAUAUAUUUAUAUAUAUACAAUUUUUUUGGCUCCUGCUAAAAUUAGCCGGGCCCGCCGCGCGCCCGUGUGCGAGUGUGUGCGUGCGGCCGUGUGUGUGUGUGUGUGUGUGUGUGUGAAUGUGAUUACUCCAGGACUCCUCGGGCUCCGGAGACGCCAUUUUCCCCCUUGAUAUCUCUCUCCAUAAAUCGGUGGCGCGGCGGAGGCGGCCGCGCCGGGCGGGAAGCGCGGGGCUGGCCGGGGCGCCCGCUGCUCGCCGCCGCCUCCGCGCGCCCGGGGGCCCCGGCGCCCCCCGAGCGAGGGCGGCCCGCCCCGCGCCUCGCCGUUUGACAGAUGCUCAUCGCCAUGGAGUUGCCGCAGCAGCACCUUUGGGGGCUUGGGCGAGCGACCGGAGCCGGGAUCUGAGCGAGCGCCAGGGCCAGCGGAGCCGGAGCCGCCGGGACAUGGUUGCAGAUCUGAUUUCUUCUGAACACCUCACCGUGUCUCCAUCCCUGGGACUCUGAACCCCGUCGUCAGAACACUCGAUUCUUGGAAUUUUGGGCAUCCUUUCGUCUCACAUUUUUUUUUCCUUUGCCUCUCCUGAGAACUCCUGGAAAUUGUAGGAUUAUCAUGGAGUCCAGGGAAAUACUAAGCAGCUCCCGGCAAAGAGGGAGCGAGUCGGAUUUCCUGCCCGGCUCCUCCAGUAAGGUCCCGGUAGCUCCUGGCUGUGCAGGAGACACUUUGCUUUCCACUGCAGGACCCGGAAAGGGAAUCCCAGUGGGUGGAGAACGAAUGGAGCCAGAAGAGGAGGAUGAACUGGGCUCAGGGCGGGAUGUGGAUUCUAACUCCAAUGCAGACAGUGAGAAAUGGGUGGCAGGAGACGGCCUGGAAGAACAGGAGUUUUCCAUCAAGGAAGCAAACUUCACUGAGGGGAGUCUGAAGCUGAAGAUUCAGACGACAAAGCGGGCUAAGAAACCCCCAAAGAACUUGGAGAACUAUAUAUGCCCACCUGAGAUUAAGAUCACCAUUAAACAGUCUGGGGACCAGAAAGUGUCCAGAGCUGGGAAAAAUAGCAAAACCACCAAGGAAGAAGAACGAAGCCACUCCAAAAAGAAGCUCCUCACAGCCAGUGAGCUUGCAGCCAGCGACCUAAAAGGAUUUCAGCCACAGGCAUAUGAGAGGCCACAGAAGCACUCAGCUCUCCAUUAUGACCCAGGCCUCACACAGGACUUCACCGGGGACACCUUAAAACCAAAGCACCAGCAAAAAAGCAGCAGCCAGAACCAUGUGGACUGGUCCAGCACCUCUGACAGUGGACCCACCACUCAGAAUUGCUUCAUCACUACAGAGUCUGGCAGAGAAUCUGCAAGCACCAGCAAGAUCCCAGCUCUUGAGUCCGUGGCUUCCUUUGCAAAGGGCCAGGGUAAGAAAGGCAGUGCAGGGACCACGUGGAGUCAAUUGUCUAACAGUAGCAAAGAUCUACUCUUGGGAAGUGUGGUUCCAUCCCCAAGUAACCAUAGCUCACCAGCCCCACCCAACAGCUCGGCUGAGUGCAAUGGGCUUCAGUCCUUAGGAGAUCAAGAUGGAGGGGCCACUAAGGAUGCUCCGGAACCACCUGUCAUAGGCAGCAAAAAGAAGUCUAGUAAAAAAGAUGCAAGUCAGACCGUCCCAAACCCAGACCUGGAUUGGGUCAAGAGUACUCAGAAAGUAUUUGACAGUGCCGAAGGGAAAAGGGAUAGCUACUCUGCAGAGAAUACCCAAGAAGUGUCACCAGCCAGGCCGAACGUGAAUUGCAUCAGUGGUCCUGAAAAUGACUCCAGUCAUGUCCGGAUUACUAUCCCCAUCAAGACACCCUCUCUAGAUCCAAGCAGCCAUAAAAGGAAGAAGAGGCAGUCCAUUAAAGCUGUGGUCGAUAAAAUUAUCCCUGAGAAAGCUCUGGCUUCUGGAAUCACUAUGAGCAGCGAAGUAGUUACCAGGAUUCUUUCCAAUUCAGAGGGCAAUAAGAAAGAUCCUCGUGUCCCCAAGUUGUGUAAAAUUAUAGAGAAUGAGCCCCCCUCAGUUGGCCUUGAAACUGGUGGGAAUAUUGAAAAAAUUGUCCCAGGAGGUGUGCCUAAGCCACGGAAGCCACCCUUGGUUAUGACACCUCCAAUGUGCACAGAGCACUCUCCAUCAAGAAAGCUGCCAGAUAUUCAGCAUCCAAAAUUUGCUGCAAAACGGAGAUGGACAUGCAGCAAGCCCAAACCCACUAGCAUGCUCCGAGAGGCAGUCAUGGCCACCUCUGAUAAACUGAUGGUGGAACCCCCAUCUGCCUAUCCCAUCACCCCAUCCAGCCCUCUGUACACCAACACAGACAGUCUUACUGUGAUCACUCCAGUCAAGAAGAAGCGGGGACGCCCCAAGAAGCAGCCUCUGCUCACAGUGGAGACAAUUCACGAGGGCACGUCCACCAGCCCAGUCAGUCCCAUCAGCAGAGAGUUUCCUGGCACUAAGAAAAGAAAGAGACGACGCAAUUUAGCAAAGUUGGCCCAACUUGUGCCAGGAGAGGACAAACCCAUGAGCGAGAUGAAAUUUCACAAAAAAGUUGGAAAACUUGGCGUGUUGGAUAAGAAGACCAUCAAGACGAUCAAUAAGAUGAAGACACUGAAGAGGAAAAAUAUUUUGAACCAGAUCUUGUCCUGCUCCAGCAAUAUUGCUCUGAAGGCAAAAGCUCCUCCAGAGACCAGUCCAGGGGCCACAGCCAUCGAAAGCAAACUGGGCAAGCAGAUUAACGUCAGCAAAAGGGGGACCAUCUACAUUGGCAAGAAGAGGGGCAGAAAGCCUAGAACAGAGCUGCCACCCCCAUCCGAAGAACCCAAAUCAGCCAUCAAGCACCCAAGGCCUGUUUCUAGCCAGCCGGAUGUUCCAGCCGUGCCUUCCAACUUUCAGUCACUUGUGGCAUCUUCACCAGCAGCUAUGCACCCACUUUCAACACAGUUAGGUGGGUCCAAUGGCAACCUAAGCCCCGCCAGCACUGAAACCAAUUUUUCAGAGUUGAAAACUAUGCCAAAUCUCCAGCCCAUCAGUGCUCUUCCAACCAAAACUCAAAAGGGAAUCCACAGUGCAACCUGGAAGUUGUCUCCCCCCAGGCUGAUGGCCAACUCUCCUUCACACCUUUGCGAGAUUGGCUCCCUGAAGGAAAUCACGCUGUCCCCUGUGAGUGAGUCACACAGCGAGGAGACGAUCCCAAGUGACAGUGGCAUCGGGACAGACAACAACAGCACGUCUGAUCAAGCAGAAAAGAGUUCAGAAUCCCGACGGAGAUACUCCUUUGAUUUCUGCUCCCUGGACAACCCGGAAGCCAUCCCAUCCGACACCAGCACAAAGAAUCGACAUGGCCACCGGCAGAAGCAUCUCAUUGUGGACAACUUUCUUGCCCACGAGAGCCUCAAGAAGCCAAAGCACAAGAGGAAACGGAAAAGCCUGCAAAACCGGGAUGAUCUCCAGUUUCUGGCAGAGCUGGAAGAGCUCAUCAGCAAGUUCCAAGUGUUCAGGAUCUCUCACCGGAGUUACACCUUUUACCAUGAGAAUCCAUAUCCCAGCAUUUUUCGGAUUAACUUCGAUCACUAUUACCCGGUGCCAUAUAUCCAGUAUGACCCGUUGCUCUAUCUUCGUAGGACUUCAGACUUGAAGUCAAAGAAGAAGCGUGGUAGGCCUGCAAAAACCAAUGACACCAUGACAAAGGUGCCUUUUUUACAAGGGUUCAGCUACCCUAUUCCCAGUGGAAGUUACUAUGCACCCUAUGGAAUGCCUUACACAUCAAUGCCUAUGAUGAACCUUGGUUACUACGGUCAGUACCCAGCUCCUUUGUACCUAUCGCACACGCUUGGAGCAGCUUCCCCCUUCAUGAGGCCAACAGUGCCCCCACCUCAGUUCCACACAAGCUCCCAUGUCAAGAUGUCGGGGGCAGCAAAACAUAAAGCAAAGCACGGGGUACACCUGCAAGGACCUGUUGGCAUGGGCCUGGGGGACAUGCAGCCAUCCCUGAACCCUCCCAAGGUGGGAGGUGGCAGUCUAUCCAGUGGUCGGCUCCACAAGAGAAAACACAAACACAAGCAUAAGCACAAGGAAGACCGGAUCCUGGGGACCCACGACAACCUGAGUGGUCUCUUCACAGGCAAGGCCACAGGCUUCUCCACUCACCUCCUGAGUGAGCGGCUGGGCAGUGGGGACAAAGAGCUCCAGCUGGGGAAUGAGAAAAGUAAGCAUAAGGAGAAACCAAGACACCUGCACAGCGAUGCCAGCCACAAAGCUUCCAAGAACAACUUCGAAGUGGACACCCUGUCAACGCUGUCGCUUUCCGAUUCCCAGCACUGGACGCAAGCCAAGGACAAAGGGGACCUGAGCAGUGAGCCUGUGGACUCAUGCACGAAAAGGUACUCUGGCAGCAGUGGGGAUAGUGGCAGCACAAGAUCGGAGAGCCUGGAUGUAUUCAGUGACAUGAACCCUUCGAGCGACAAGUGGGACAGUGACGUGAGUGGGAGUAAAAGGAGGAGCUUCGAAGGCUUUGGGACGUACAGGGAAAAGGACAUCCAGACCUUCAAAGUGAACCGCAAGGAGAGGAAUUCUUAUGACUCCUCCAUGUCCCCAGGAAUGCCAAGUCCUCACUUAAAAGUGGACCAGACAGUAGCACAUGGUAAGAACGAGAGCUCAGUGUCCACCAUGAUGACCAGGAAGAAGCCAGCUGCAAUGGACAGUGUUGCAAUUCCACCAACCCCAGUGUUAUCUCUCCUGGCUGCAUCUGCAGCUACAUCAGACCCAGCCAGCUGCUCCCUGAAGAAGCGGUUCAAGCGGCAGGAGAUAGAAGCCAUCCAGUGCGAAGUGAGGAAGAUGUGCAACUACACCAAGAUUCUGUCCACCAAGAAGAACCUGGACCACGUGAACAAAAUCCUGAAGGCUAAGCGGCUGCAGAGACAGUCAAAGACUGGCAACAACUUCGUCAAGAAGAGGCGGGGGCGGCCCCGGAAGCAGCCCACCCAAUUCGACGAGGACUCCACAGACCAAAUGCCAGUGCUGGAAAAAUGCAUCGACCUGCCUAGCAAAAGGGGUCAGAAGCCCAACCUGAGCCCCCUGGCGCUGGAGCCCGCCGCUGCCACUGGCCAGGACGCUGUCAUGGCCACCAUCGAGGCGGUCAUCCACAUGGCCCGGGAGGCUCCCCCAUUGCCGCCGCCACCACCACCCCCGCUGCCGUCUCCCCAGCCCCAGACGCCUCCCCCUCCCCUGCCGCUGCCCAAGACCCCGCGGGGUGGGAAGCGGAGACACAGACCCUCGCCUCCAGCCCAGCCGCCUCAGCCCCCACCCGCGCCGCAGCCCCUUCCCCAGGAGGAGGAAGUGAAGGCCAAAAGGCCGAGGAAGUCCCGAGGGAGCGAGAGCGACGUCCUUCCCUAG